AUGAAAAAUAAAAAUGAAAUAAUCGUUGCGGAAAAUUUUACAACAAAUUCUGAAAGCAAAAAACAAAAAGCAAUAUCAUGGUUUCAAAAGCAGAAAAUAUUUUUUGAAAUGAUUUGUGAUACAAAAUCAAGCAGUAAUAUUUUCCUCAUUGGUAUACUAUUUGCAUUAGUUAGCGGUUGCAGCAUUUCAUCAGCAAUAAUAUUUUUUGGUCGAAUUAAGCAUAUUCUGUUGACAAAUGAGUUGACAAAUGAGUUGACAAAUGAGUUGACAAAUGAGUCAACAACUGAAUCAUUCCUUAAAGCAAUUUAUGAACAAAUAAUUAUUCUUGCAUUUAUUAUUCUUUUAAUUGUUAUUACACAUUUUGGAAUGCAUUUAUCAACCACAGUUCUGAACGAUAGAAUAAGAAUUCGUUUGAAACGAUAUUAUGAUGGAAUGCAUAAGCACAGAUAUUUAAAUGAAGAAAUUAUUACAAAAGUAAUUGAAAAUGUUAAUUUGAUGGAAAAAGGAUGGGAAAUUUUUGGAAUGCAAUGUCGAAAUGUUGCAAUGAUCAUAUCAUCACUGAUAAUUUGUUUUUAUCAUCAAAUUCAUUUAGCAUUUGUUUUAUUAAGUGUUAUACCAUUAGCUACAACAUUGAAUAUACUUUCAAAAAAGCUUUCAAAGAAAUCAGAUAACAUUUUAUCUGGCAAAAUUUCUCAAACAAUUCAAAUGGAAAAAGAAUUAUUGCUGCGAAAAAAUUCCAUUGAUAAUAUUGCAAAUGAUGAACAUUUGAUAAAAUUAUCAUCAGAAAUGAGAAAUUGCACCAAAUAUGCAAUUCUACAUCAAAUCUGGAAAAGUUCACAUUCCGGAAUUCUAUCAUUUACAAUAUUUACAUUUGUCGGAUGCGGAAUGCUUUAUGGUGGUUAUCUUCUUGAUACAAAUCCACUGAUAAAAAAAGGUGAUAUCUUUAUCAUAGUAUUAUCAAUGGCACUUAUUGCUGAUAGUAUUUCAACUACUAUCACAUAUCAUUAUCUUAUCAAGAAAGGUGUCUACGCUGCAUUGUAUAUCAAAAAUCUUCAGAAAUUUGAUUAUCGAUUUAUGUUAACACGAUAUUGCAAUCGACGUUGUUCAGUGGAUGAAAUAACUGUAACAUUAAUCACAGUCCCAGAAUUUAAGAAUUCAAUUGUUUCACAAAGCGGAAAUUCCUUUAUUCGAUUUAUCAAUGGUACCAGAAAUAUUUUAUGUAAUUAUCAUAAUCAUAAAUUAUUUCUUCUUGUUGGUUUCAUCUUGGCUAUUAUUUAUGGACUUGAACAGGUGGCAUAUAAUAUAGUUAUGGGUGAAAUUUUUACAGCAAUGCUUGGUGACACACCAAAUAUUCAUAUUUUAACUCUUUGUGCUAUCCAAUUAUCUGCUAUUGGUUUUGCUGUAUUUAUAUCACAAACCGUAUCGACUAUAUUGAUUGCUAUAGCAUCGGAACAUAUGGCUGUGUCAUUUCAUGUCAUCUUAUCUCGUCAUCUGUUAAAAAUGGCUGAUAAAGAAUUAUUUAAUAAAUCAAAAAUUAACACUUUAGUGGAUGAAAAUAUUUCAUUAACAUCUGAAGCAAAAUCGUUUUAUCAUCCAUAUUUAUCAGAAUUAAUGACACGCAUAACAUCCAUAUCAACAAAUAUCAUUCUUGGCUUCAUUUAUAGUUGGGAAAUAACUUUGCUUGGAUUCAUUUUUAUUCUUUUGUGCUUUUCCAUACAAAUUGAAUUGGAAUUCGAAUUAUUGACUUAUUGUUACAAAUGUACAGGUAAUCGACGUAUUCCGAAAAAUGCCAAACUACUAAAAUCAUGCAAAGAUUCUGUACUUCGAGCAGUGAAUUUUUCAAUUGUGCAAACAUUUGGAUUUGCUUUAAAAGCACUAUGUUAUGCAUUGACUGCAUUUAUCUGCUAUCAUCAGUACAAACAUCAAACACAAGCAUUUAUGAGUGUAAUUACAUUGUUUACUGCAAGUCAAGAAAUUGUACAACUACCAAAUCUUAUCGGAAAACUCUAUAAAUCAUGGCAAGCAGUAAAUCAAAUAUUUGCUUGCAUGAAUAACAAAUCAUGCAGAAGUUACAUGCCUUCUAUUUCAAAAAGUAUUAGAUAG